UAUGCAAAUUAGUGUCGUAUAUUUCACAAUUCUGUACGAUCGCUUAUAAAACAAAAUGCAUCACACACUGCACACAGUUUAUAUCUAAUACUAGUCUAUAGUUGCAAGUGGCGGUGCAACAAGUAGUCAUUAUCGAUUAGUGCAAUGUUCCGCCUCUCAAGACAUGCAAACCUUUCUAUAAAGAAGAAUCUGCGCAAUCGCUACAUUAACUAUUCCGCUUACUAUUCCAUGUCGCUGAAAGAUGCGAUAAACGUUCAGUAUUUCGUGUGCUUUUGACGAAUUAUGAUGACUUCACUGCCUGUUAAAGUGAUGUCAGCUUCGGAUCGUUCUGACGAGUAUCAUAAUUAUAGUAUUCAACUAAAUCGUUGGUUUCUGAAACCAAUCGGUGCCUGGCCGGAAUCGCGUGCAACCACCAUCGCUGACAGAAUCCUAUCAAGGAUCAUACAGAUAACGUGCUACAUUCUCAUAGCUUUCACAGUAGUGCCUUGCAUGUUAUACUUUUACUUCGACGAGCAAGAGCUCGAUAUUAAGAUGAACUCGGUAGGACCCGUGAGUCAUUGGAUCAUGAAUGGGAUAAAUUAUUCCUCGCUGUUAUGGCGGGGUAAAGAUAUACGUCGUUGCAUCGAGCACAUGGAGAGCGAUUGGUGCACGGUGAGUAGAAUCGAGGAUCGCGUAGUGAUGCUGAAAUACGCCAGAUUCGGCCGAUCCGUAGCCGGCUUCUGUGCAGUCUUCAUGCAUUGUGGCGUGUUUUCGUACAGCGUGGUAAACAGUCUAUCGCCGAUGAUCGCCAUAAUCGACAAUCAGACUGUCAUAAUGCGACGAUUACCUUGCCCGUUCUAUAGCAAGCUAAUGGAUACCAGCCGCGAUCCGAUAAACGAAAUCGUAUUAGCGAUGCAAUUUUUGUCUGGUUUCAUAGCAAAUUCUAUCACGGUUGGUGCGUGCAGCCUUGCCGCGGUUUUCGCGACACAUGCAUGCGGUCAAUUUGCCGUGCUCUAUUCUUGGUUGAGCGAACUAGUCGACGAAGAAGAGGAGAAACGAUCUGUCGAAUGUAAAUUGGCUAACAUAGUUGAGCAACAUUUGCGUGUAUUAAAUUUCUUAUCAAGCUUCGAGAAAAUUAUGAAUCAAAUAUGUCUCGUGGAAUUAGUUGGAUGCACGUUAAAUUUAUGCUUACUUGGAUAUUGUUCUAUUAAGGAAUGGAAUGCAAGAAAUACGAAGACCAUAGCAACGUAUAGUAUUUUGUUCAUAUCUAUGUCUUUCAAUAUCUUUAUAUUCUGUUACAUAGGCGAACUAAUCACGGAACAAUGCAAGAAAGUGGGCGAAAUGGCUUAUUUUACUGACUGGUAUCGGUUACCUCAUAAGACUGCUCUCGGUAUGAUAUUAAUAAUAUCAAGAUCUAGUGCCGUGAUUAAAAUCACUGCUGGAAAAUUAAUUCAACUUUCUUUAAUAACGUUUGGUGAUGUGAUUAAAACAUCUGCAGCAUAUUUAAAUAUACUUCGUACCUUAUUGUGCCGUCGUGUAGUCAUAAUGUGUCGGUCGGUGACUAAAGAGCUGCACGAUCACAGUGUACAACUGAAUCGGUGGUUUCUAAAGCCGAUAGGCGCGUGGCCGCGAUCAACCACAACUUCGAGCAGCGAGAAAGCUGUGUCUCGCGCUCUAAUAUUCGUUUGUUAUUUUUUAAUAGCCUUCACCGUGAUACCGUGUGCGUUGAACAUCGUUCUCGAGGAGAAGGACGUCGAGCUGAAACUCCGUGCAAUUGGCCCGCUGAGUCAUUGGCUUAUGGGUGGAAUGAAUUAUUGUUCCCUAUUGCUGCGUAGCGCCGAUAUACAUCGAUGCAUGCGACAUAUGGAAAUGGAUUGGCGGAUUAUCAGGCGAUCGCAGCAUCGCGAGAUCAUGGUGAGGAACGCGAAGCUGGGCAGAUUCGUGGCAGGUUUCUGCGCGAUUUUCAUGCACGGCGGCGUCUUCUCCUACAGCAUCGUGUCCGGGAUGACGACGGUGAUGGUGCCGAUCGACGACAAUCGGAGCGUCCCGAUGCUUCAGCUGCCUUGUCCCUCGUACAGCAAGUUUGUGGAUGCCCGAUUCAGUCCGGCAAAUGAAAUCGUGUUAAUAAUGCAGCUGUUCUCAUGUUUCAUAGUAAAUUCCACUACUGUCGGAGCUUGCAGUCUGGCCGCCGUUUUCGCUAUGCAUGCGUGCGGACAGCUCGAUAUCUUGACGUUGUGUCUAGAUAAACUUGUCGAAGGUGAAGGUGUGAAAAAAAGUGAUACGGUCCAACGAAGAUUAGCCGAUAUCGUGGACCAUCACUUGCGUGUUUUAAGAUUCAUAGCACGCAUCGAAGAUGUUAUGCAUCAAAUAUGUCUGGUAGAAUUAGUUGGAUGUACAUUUAACUUGUGUAUGCUUGGAUAUUAUUCAAUUACGUGGUGGAAUAAAAUUGAUGCAAAGAGUAUAGCAGCAUAUAUUAUUGUAUAUAUAUCCAUGAGUUUCAAUAUUUUUAUAUUUUGUUACAUAGGUGAAAUUUUAACACAACAGUGCAAGAAAGUCGGUGAAACAGCAUAUAUGACUGAUUGGUAUCGCUUACCUCAUAAAACAGCUCUUGGCUUGAUCUUGAUCAUAUCCAGAUCGAGUUCUGUGAUCAAAAUAACUGCUGGAAAAUUAAUUCAACUUUCCGUUGCGACUUUCAGUGAUGUUAUCAAAACAUCCCUCGUUUAUCUGAAUAUUUUACGAACUGUCACAACGUAAACAUGAAUGUGAGAUUGUAGAAAUUUCCGAUAUAUUCUCAUCUCCUUUAUCUGUAUAACAUUUUUAAA